CGUUACGUCACUCGAAGCGCCCAGGCUCGCGAAGCUACUGGCAGAGCUGGUAAAGAGAGGAAGAAAACGACAGAAGUAGUCAAAAAGAGGGCUUUCACCACGAAUAACGGCUCUUAAAGUGAUAACGGUCCGUCUACGACCAUUAAUACUACCACAGACAUCCCACUAAACCGGACUAACCUCUUGUGAAAGAAGGAUUAUAACAUGACCAGGUUAAAUGGAUAAAACUGGCCGAUCUUCAACACCCAACCCAGACUCCAUGUUGUUAAAAUGAGCCCAUUCUUUUGCUGUACGUUAAAAAAGUAAAAAACGAAAUAUAGGUCACCUUUCUGGAUUUACAAAAUUCAACUUGUACGUCUAUACCGCCCCCCUUGUCUUUUCACGGCUCCCCUUCUCUAGUCAGAAACGCCAUGUACGGUAGUGCUCGAUCUGUGGGCAAAGUGGAGGGAAACCACAGUGGUGGGAGCAAUCAGAGUCCUGGCCGCUCGCCCCGUCUCCCACGUUCGCCUCGUUUGGGCCACCGGCGAACCAACAGCACAGGAGGCAGUGGGGCAGGAGCGGGUGGUCCAGGGAGUAAAACCCUCUCUAUGGAGAAUAUCCAGUCCCUCAAUGCUGCAUAUGCCACAUCUGGCCCAAUGUACCUGAGCGACAACGAGGUGGUGGCAUCUGGUCCGGACCUGCCCAAGAGCACCAUGACGCUCGGCCGGUCAGGGGGUCGGGUGCCUUACGGUGUCCGCACGACCUUAAUGGGAAGCAGCCCAAACAUCGCCAUGGGUGUCCCGGGCUCUGUGCCUACCGAUGCCAUCGCCUUCGGAGACCAUCACAUGCCUUCCAACCUGUCUUCCACUGUGCCUCACUCGCUGCGGCAGGCGCGGGACAACACCAUCAUGGACCUGCAGACCCAACUCAAGGAGGUGCUCCGGGAGAACGAGCUCCUGAGGAAGGAGGUGGAUAUAAAGGAGAGCAAGCUCAGCUCCUCCAUGAACUCCAUUAAGACUUUCUGGAGCCCAGAGUUGAAGAAAGAACGUGCUCUUCGUAAAGAUGAGGUGUCGAAGAUUGCAGUGUGGAAGGAGCAGUACAGAGUCGUGCAGGAUGAGAACCAGCAUCUCCAGAUGACCAUUCAGGCCAUGCAGGACGAGCUCCGGAUCCAGCGAGAUCUGAACCAGCUGUUCCAGCAGGACUCCAGCGUUCGUUCAGGCGAGCCCCUGGGAACCGAGCUGACCGAGGAGAACUUCCAGCGGCUGUACGGAGAACACGAGCGCCAGGCCAAGGAGCUCUUCCUUCUGAGGAAGACUCUGGAAGAGAUGGAGCUGCGCAUCGACACGCAGAAGCAGACGCUCAACGCUCGAGACGAGUCUAUCAAGAAGCUUCUGGAGAUGCUGCAGAGCAAAGGGCUGUCAGCCAAGGCCAGCGAGGAGGACCAUGAGCGCACUCGCAGGCUGGCAGAUGCCGAGAUGCACAUCCACCAUCUGGAGAGCCUGCUGGAACAGAGAGAGAAGGAAAUGGUUUUGCUUAGAGAGGAAGUUCACAGACGAUAUGAGGGGGCACCAGACUCUGCCAAAACCAAGGCCCUACAGACGGUCAUCGAGAUGAAGGACUCAAAGAUCAGCUCUCUGGAGCGCAGUCUGAGGGAACUGGAGGAUGAGAUUCAGAUGCUGAAGUCAAAUGGAGCUCUAAGUACAGAAGAGAGAGAGGAAGAGAUGAAACAGAUGGAGGUCUAUCGCAGUCACUCCAAGUUCAUGAAGAAUAAGGUAGAGCAACUAAAGGAGGAACUGGCACAGAGCGAAUCGCAGGGUGAAGAGCUGAAAAAACGGGUGACUGAGCUGCAGCGGGAGAUUGACCAGGUGAAGCAGGAUCUGUCCAGAAAGGACACCGAACUUUUGGGUCUUCAGACAAAACUGGAGACACUCACCAAUCAGUUUUCUGACAGCAAGCAGCAUGUCGAUGUUCUGAAAGAGUCUCUUACUGCCAAAGAACAGCGGGCCGCCAUCCUCCAGACUGAGGUCGAUGCACUGCGGUUACGCUUAGAAGAAAAGGACGCCACGCUUAACAAAAAGACCAAACAGAUACAAGAAAUGUCAGAGGAGAAGGGCACGCUCAGCGGAGAAAUCCACGACCUCAAAGACAUGCUCGACGUCAAAGAACGCAAAGUCAACGUGUUGCAGAAAAAGAUUGAAAACCUGCAGGAGCAGCUGAGGGAUAAAGAGAAGCAGAUGACCAGUUUGAAGGAGCGUGUCAAAUCCCUGCAGGCUGACACUUCAAACACUGAUACGGCCCUUACCACGCUGGAGGAGGCCUUGGCUGAGAAGGAGCGUAUUAUCGAGCGGCUGAAGGAACAGAGGGAUAGAGACGAGAGGGAGAAGAACGAAGAAAUCGAGAGCAACAAGAAAGAACUGAAAGAACUUAAGGAAAAGGUCGGCUUACUACAGGGAGACCUGGCCGAUAGAGAGGCCUCUCUAUUGGACCUGAAGGAGCACGCCUCGUCCCUGGCAUCCUCUGGACUGAAGAAGGACUCCAAGCUGAAGAGUCUUGAAAUCGCUCUCGAGCAGAAAAGAGAGGAAUGCACCAAAUUCGGGAGUCAACUUAAAAAGCGCUCUGAGCUCAUGUCAGGCCAUCCCUCCAAUCUUGCGCAGUCAGCCGCAGUAGAGGCCCAGGCGAAUUCGGGGCUGUCGGAGCGCAUUGCCAUGCUCGAGCAGGAGGUGGCACGUUACAAAGAGGAUGCUGGUAAAGCACAGACGGAGGUGGACCGACUUCUGGAGAUCCUCAGAGAGAUGGAGAAUGAAAAGAAUGACAAGGAUCGCAAGAUCAAUGAGCUGGAGAGGCAGAUGAAAGACCAAACAAAGAAAGUGGCCAACCUAAAGCACAAGGAGCAGGUGGAGAAGAGCAAGAAUGCCCAGCUGAUGGAAGAGGCUCGGAAGAGAGAGGAUAAUAUCAAUGAGAGUUCUCAGCAGAUCAAGGACUCUAUACGGCAUAAGGACGAACGCAUUGAGGAACUGGAGGAGGCGCUGCGCGAGAGUGUGCAAAUCACAGCUGAGAGAGAGAUGGUGUUGGCGCAAGAGGAGGCUGCCCGCACACAUGCCGAGAAACAGAUGGAGGAGCUGCUGGCAGCCAUGGAAAAGGUGAAGCAAGAGUUGGAGUCCAUGAAGGCCAAGCUGUCGUCCACCCAGCAGUCCCUGGCGGAGAAGGAAGCCCACCUGACAACGCUGAGGGCGGAGCGCAGAAAGCACCUGGAAGAGGUGCUGGAAAUGAAGCAGGAGGCGCUGUUGGCAGCCAUCAGUGAGAAGGACGCCAACAUUGCUCUUUUGGAGCUCUCCGCCUCGAAGAAGAAAAAGACUCAAGAUGAAGUGGCGCUGUUGAAGAGGGAAAAAGACCGAUUGGUACAACAACUCAAACAGCAGACGCAGAACCGAAUGAAGCUGAUGGCUGAUAACUACGAGGAUGAGCACCAUAAAGAAUCCAAUUCUGACCAGACCAAUCACAAACCUUCUCCGGAUCAGAUUAUCCCCCCUCUCAUAGACCUCAAUCAGAACCGCAGUAAACUGAAACUGUACAUCGGCCACCUCACAGCACUUUGCCACGAGAGAGACCCCAACAUCCUGCAGGACCUGGCCCCGCCCUCAGCAUACCAUCACACCCAACAGGACACCUGGGAGGAGGAGCUUCAGAAGAUGAGCCCAGAACAGCUGGAGUCUGAGCUGGAGCAGUGCGAGAGAGAGAGCGCAGAACUGCAGGAAUACGCAAACUCCGUCCUGCAGCAGAUUGCGGACCACUGUCCCGACAUCCUGGAGCAGGUGGUCAACGCUCUGGAGGAGUCGUGCUGACCGACCCGCACCGCCUGCCUGCCUUUUCCUCCCAUCGUCCUCUCUUCGUCUUCUGUCGGUUUCUCAAUUAAUUUCACGGCCCACAGAUGCCAGCACAAAACACAAACUUUCUCACCCGCACCCACAUGCACAAUUCCAAGAUCAGAAAAGAGACACAUAUACGGGAAAGACUGACGGCUUAUGGAAGCGAAGUGCACGCUCGAAUUGGCCUCGGGGUGUGGGAGAGGCGGGCUUUUCGCCCCGAGUCACAUACUCUCUCUGCACCUUCAAAAUGUUGUUUACACUUCACCCUAUGACUUACAUAAACACAAAGCACCCUGGGAUGAAGAAACACGAAGACAGAGGAGAGACAGGCUCAGUAUUAUAAGCCAUCUCUGUUGUUUUGUGUUGUGUUGCGUUGCGGCCUGUUCUCCUUCUCCGAAUGCCGUCCUGCAGGAGGUGGAGAUUUCUCGAUGAGGGCCAGGAAAUAGGUCUCUUAUCUUGAUGUACGCUGUUGCCACAGCUUUUAAAAGCUGCAGAAUUUUGAAACAGUUUUGAAGCAAUUUACAUUUUUCCCCCAUCUCCCUCGCUUUUUUGUAGAUGUUUUGUUACUGACGUUAAAUUAUGGGUCAUUCGCACGGGGCAAAUAUCCUGCACUCUGAAACCAUCUGGUUUCACUCAAAUUGCUUGGUUAAUGCUACGGUUGUGCCAGCAAACAGUCCUCCUGGAGUUAAACAUACUUUUACUAUCGUAGUCAGUAGCGGGUUUAGAUUACUGCAACCCCCAACCAUCUGGGAAUUUACUAUCCACUUGGUUACUGCCCGAUUUCCUCCAAUGCCUGCUCCGUAAAAGUUAUGAAACGGACAAUAUGGGUAAUGUUAUCCCAUGUGCACCUGUCACCAGCUAAGAGUAUUUUGCAGAAACCACAGCCUGGUUUGUGUCUGUUAAAUAUGAGAGGGAGCAAAUUAUUUGCCUUGGAACUUGUAGGUUUAUUGCCGCUAACAUUUGUCUUUGCAUGUGGCAGGUUUGGUUAGGUAUUUUUUUCCUGAGGACGAGAGGCUGGUUGUGCGAAGGGUGUUAUUACCAACCCAGAUGUUGUGCAAAAGUGCCUCAUCAUCAGAUCGUGGCCAUCUCACGUCAGUGAACUAGGAAAACAUUCCUUUAUCACUCAUUCUGUGCGUCGAAAACGACAAGCUUUCACACCGGGAUAAAGACUGGCAGGAGUUUAUCGCUUUUUCAAAGUCCAAAGUUAAAGGCUUUUCUUUUUAUUUGAUGGUAAAUUUGUAGUGGUUUAGAUAGUCUCACUCUCUCUUCUUAAGAUCAGAUUAAAGUUUUGUGCGGUUGCCCUAUCAGAGAUCUAUCAGGCUUUGAUCUCCUGCUUCUCUAAUGUACCACCAUGUUCCUCUUUCGCCAUGCUGGCUUCCUAUCAUCAUCCUCAAACGUUCGCACCUGUGUUAGCACAGCCAUCAGGUGGAUCCUCUUUCACUUUAUGGUUAUAUGGGUCUAUAUCCGCAGGCCCGAGGUGUCAGUUUCUCGACCGGCCGCGUUUAUCGUUCAACUCCUGAUAAAAGCUGUUGCUUCAUUUCACACGUUGCCUGUUGCUUUAAAGUCCAGAGUCGACUUUCUGGGGAUGACACUGGGCGUAACCUGCCCUCUGCUCCUCUCGUUCUCUGACUCUAUCUAUCUUCCCAUGCCUCCCUAGCUCAUGCUUAUAUAGUUUAUGGCUCUGACCUGCUGGACCGUGUUAGUCAUACUCAUUUUUACGUGAUAAGACCCGCAGACAAGAAAUAUGGCUUUAAAUUCGCAAGAGAUCAAGGUGAAUACGACCAUCUUUCACACCAGUAGCUGUGCAUAUACAUACUAGUGAUGUCCAAACAUACUAGUUGUGUCUUAACACACUAGCUUUGUCCAAAACUGUGGUUAUUCCCAAGAAAUUUGCUCAUGUUGGUUAACUAGACAUUGCUUUACUCAUACUUAAUGUCCUUUACAUUGAAUACUACCUUUAGAUUUCUUUACUUAUUCAAAGAUGUAGACUCGUUUCCUGAAGACUUUUGUGAAUCUAACAUGUUUAGGACUCAAUUAAUCAUAGAAAAGCAUUUAACCAUGCAAACUUUCCAAAAUAUAUUUUGCAUACCGCAGUGUGCGGUCACCACUUUCUUGUGCUUACACGAGAUGGCAAUGCAGAAAAAAACGCCCAUUCGCGUGCCAUUAUCACCCUUGGCACUGUAGAUCUUAUCACACUCGCAUCCAUUGCAUCUCUAUAAAGGAUUUUAUAGCUUUAUGCUCCUAACUACUGUCGAUGGACUUCCUAAUGAGGACAUAAACGUGACACGCAGGUCUGUUUGGCUCUGGAAACCACACAGCUGAUGGAUGACCCCCAUCCUGCUUUCAUCUCUUGCACUCUCGUCCAUCCACUAUCUCCAACAAACACAGUUUGGCCGCGGAUUUGUGAAAUAUGGGUCUCGGUUAUCUACGCUGCGGCUGAAUCUCUCAGCUCAGACUAAACACAGACCCGUUGAGCUCGCACGCGCGUUCGCCAUUUCGAACCCUCUUGCGAUUUAUGUCGUUCAGUACGGGAGCAGGGCUUUUAAAGCCCCUCUCCGGCCUCCGUUCAACUUAAAGCACUCCAGAGAAUUCACAAAGAAAACAAUGCUGUGAUAACCAGGAGCAGAUCACAGAGAGAGAGCGAGAGAGAGGCGUUUAUUGAGCGUCUCUCUGAAGCUCUGGUAUUUCUGUGAUUGCUGGUUAUAGGUAGACUAAAUCACACACGAGAGUGCGGAAAUUCCCUGCAGGCUUUGGAUUGCUGUGUACAGUUGGAGGCACCCUGGCGUGAUUCUUCCUUCUGUUUUUGGAAGAAUUAAAAGAUUUAUACCAAUGCUGUCUGCUCAUUGGCUAAUUAAAAUGAAAGGCAAAUGAGACUUCACUUUCUGUGAAGCCUGUAUAUGCAAUGUGUUUUAAAUUGUAAAUGAAGUCAUUUCCAAUUUCAUCAUAUAUAAUCCUAUACAGGUUUCAUAGAAAUAUUUUAUGAUGGUGUGUGGCAGAUUUUGCUGUACGAUUCAUUGUGCACCGGUUUUCAUUCAUUUACAGUGGAGCAGCUCGUAGGAAGUGGUCAAGUGUGAAUGAGAUGUUGCUUUAUGUUUUAGUUUGAACAUUUAUCAUCCUCAUUAAAUUCACCGACGCAUGUCUGUAGAGAGAGGGGGGGAGAGAGAGAGAGAGAGUGUGCAGGAGUGGGGCAGCCAGGCUGUGCGUUUACAUUCACGUUACUUUGAUGGAUAUGACUUUCUCAGACUCGCAUCUUGUUGUCUAGAUUUUGUUUUGACCCGUUAACCACAGACAUUUCUCAUAGUGUCUACCUUAAGACAAAAAGUAAUUGCGUCAUGUCCCAUAAUUCUUAGCGUUAAUCAGCAGUGCCGCCAUCCUGGUCUCUUGGGUUUUGUGCGUUUGAUCGCUCACGUGCCCUAGUGUGUAUAUAAGAGACCACGACUUUUAUAUAAUCUUCUUUCACGUUACUAAAAGAAGAAAACCUGUCGACACUGCCAAAGACAUCUGUCCUGUUCUCAUACACUACACACAGGCAUAUACAGAAAUCUAUAUUUAUAUUAGUUGAACAUUUGCACAAGCGUCUGGGGGAAGAACAUCCAUCUGAACAAAAUGGCUUUGUCUGAACUAAAAAACAAAGUGUACCGAAGUGUCAAAUGAGAAUUGUUACCAUGUGUUUGAUGUAUUGUUACUAUGUUCUCCAUCUUUUUUGAUUUUGAUUCUGACUCUUCUUACGACUGAUCAUUAAUAAUUUCUUUUCUUUAUGGAUCGAUUGUUUUUGUUUUGCAGCCGUUCAAGGUGUGUGUGAUGCAAUGUUAACUGUGUGUUUUAUAUCACAAAGACAUGUUUGGUUGUUGCUGUGGGCUGCAGAAACUUCUGUGAUGGUGAUUUAGGUGAACUGAUGGUUGCCAAAAACGUUGUGUUAUUUUAGGUAAGAAUCAUGCGUCCGUUUUGUGGAGAUAACAUUGGUCGACCUGAUUCGGUCGGAUGAACCGUAUCACUCAACACGAGCCUUUAUUCGUUUUCCCUGGUAAUUCAUCACGCGUUUAAACGCACUCGGAUUUUUAUGGCCUCUUAAGUAGAUCCUCGAUUAAAUUGUUUACUAUUAACUCAUCUUAAUUUGUCAUUAUUUACCCAAACAGUCCGUCCACACGUUCGCAUUUUUCAUGCAUUACUUCCCCCCACUUAGUUUGAUGGACUGAGACUGUUUAAAGCAUGAAACCACAUAAAACGUCCGCUGAAGGAUUUGGCAAGUUCAUGUCUGACUUCCCGUUCUCCAUCUGAGCUAAUUCGGUGCCAAACGAAGCUAGAAAGUGCCACAAAUAAUAACUUGCCUGUCGUUCAUCAGCAACCAAAGCCAGCUCACGUGACCUCAUACUGUUUAUAUCAUGUUUGCUUAAUAUUUAAAACCUUGAAUGACACAAUAAGAGGUCAAAACCGAACCAGGCCUACCAUGCUUGUUCAAAUCCAGAUGGGACGUUUUGAUCAGGCACCAGAAACGGACGCCUCUGUGAAGUCUAUGAUACACAUGAAGUGUCUAAUGGAGUUAUGUGGAGCAGCUUUAUUCAUUUGUAUGUUUUAAUGUAAUCAUUUUUAGGCUGUUACAGUCAAGUUCUGUGUGCCUUUACUGUAUAUCGGGGUCAGACAUGACAUAAAGAUAAAACGUCUGGCUCGAAGUUGGUGUUUAGCAUGGUAUCAUUUUUUCCUUUGGAUUUUGCCCUGAGAGAGUGUCAGACCUCAGUAUCACCCCAUCCACAUCUUUGUCUUUUGGCUCCAGCAGCUAUGCCUUCUGUCACAGUCUUUUCUAAUGAUCCAUUUUCAAAACAGUACACAGAAACACUGUCAAGAAGGAUUCUCGCCUUUCCUUCUUUAAUUUAAUGAAGAAAAAUAAACAGAAAAAUGUCAAAUGUAACCCAAAGCUUGUCAUAAUUUCUUUAUCUUAUAUAUAUAUAUAUAUAUAUAUAUAGCCACGUAAACAAAUUAAUUAAGAGACCACUUCAGUUUUGACUUUAUUCAUGAUUUUGUGACCAUUUCAGUCCAGUGUUUGUUGAAUUUCAAUAAAAGCAAACCUCAGGAGUGACAUAGUCAUCAAACAGCAAAUGUAAAAGACUGAGAGCAUGACAAUACCCAUGAAUGAUGUGACAAAAAAAUUCCCCAAAUUUUGAAAAAAACAAUUUUUGUUGUUGAGAAAUUAAUUUAAACUUGUUUUUUUUCUGCAGUAUUGAAGAUCGGCAAACACUACAUCUUUUUUGUUAUUUUGACCAUGUUUUACCAUAAAAAUUUUCAGUAAAUAAAAGCAAAUUAAAACAUUUUAUUAAGAUUUUGGCAGAAAUGUUGUUGGUAAUUGACAGAAUGAAACAAAAAUUAUAAUUUUACUUAAACACAUACCUAUAAAUAGUAAAACUAGAAAAACUGAAAGGGACCAUUGAAAUGGUCUCUUAAUUGUUUCAACGGCUGUAUUUGUGUGUGCGCGAUUAUGUGUGUCUGUUUCACAUUCACAAAGAUGCUGCCUUAUGUCCAUCUGUAUGGAAAAAAUUGAAGAUUUCUGUAAAAAGAACAUGGAAAAAUAAGGAAAAGACGUUGUAUUCAGCUUUUGACUUUGUAUGUAUAUAAACGUUACAAUAUCA